CAGUAACUCCUGCCCUUUUACUUUUACACACAGAAACUUUUCAGGACUCCUCCACCUCCUCGUCCCGCGGGCUGAAGUUCCUGCGGAUACGCGCGGCCGUCAACUCCUCCGCCGGGCUCCUUCUCCUUCUCCUCCUCCUCCUCCUCUCCUCCUCUCCUCCUCCUCCGCGCUCGCAGCGGACAAAGCGGCGCUGUGUUGCGGCGGCGGCCGGCCGGACGGACGGACGGACGGACCUCAGGAGCGCCGAGGCGACUUUAUUUCCCUGCUUUCUUCAGCCGAGCGGCGCGCGGUCCAUGUUCGGCGCUCCGUGCGUGGUCACGGCGGCUCUCAGGUGGGCGGAUCGGAAGGCGAUGCGCCGCGGGACCAAGCGUUCCCCCUUGCCAUAGGUGACAGCGGUCGCUUCACGGACAGGGCUUCGCUGACUCCGCGCGGCUGUGAGUUCGACCCGCUUGAAGCGCUCCCGGUUCGGGAAGAGCCUCGCCAGUGCUGCUGCUGCUGCUGCUUCUCCUCCUCCUCCUCCUCCUCCUCCUCUUCUUCUUCUGGUCCUCCGGCGAGUCAACGUGGAUAUGGCCUGGACUGGAUGGGACGUCCUGUUCUGCAUAGGUGUGCUGGUCUCUCCGGUAUGCGUGUCCAUGGAGCAGUCUCCCGGCGGCUUGAGGAGGCUCUACGUGCUGCAGCCGGGACCGGGCGGGGGCGCGGACGGCGUGCACGUCAGCUCCAUCUCCACGCACUCCGCCGCCGCCGCCGCGGGACAACCCCGCUCCUAUAACGUGGAGCUGACGGCCAGCUUCAGCGGCGGCCAGAUCCGCACCCGCAGGAUGGGAAACCAAGCGCACCCGAUCCCGUUCCGCCAGGACGCGCAGCAGCAGCAGCAGCAGCAGCAAGUCGUCCGGCGCACCGGUAGCAGCAACCACCAAAUCCAGCUGUCAGGGGUGAACGUCUGCGGAGGGCAGUGCUGUCACGGAUGGAGCAAGGCCCAGGGAUCGCAGCGGUGCACCAAGCCCAACUGCAUACCCCAGUGCCAGAAUGGAGGAAUGUGCCUCAGGCCUCAUCUUUGUGUCUGCAAGCCUGGCUCUAAGGGGAAGGUGUGUGAACAGAAGAUAACGCCCACCCCUCCAUUCCCAUCCCUGCCUGGGAAUGGACACACUAAUGGUCACACCAAUGGACAUACUAAUGGACAGACCACUGGUCACACCAAUGGACACAACGUGGUGCCGCAACGGCCCAUACCCCAGCAGGUGGCCCCACAGGGUUAUGGUUUGGCCCCUGCCCCUGCUCCAGUCAGCAGUAUGGCCCAGAUGAGACUGACCGUCAAGCAGGCGCACCAACUGGUUCAGCCCCAGUACAUCCAGCAACAGAUCCAAUCCGUGCCAAUGCACCCGGGUCCAAGUCAGCAGUAUGUUAUCAAGCCUAAGUACUACCAUACACAUACCACACAUACCCAGACCCAUGUCCACCCCCAGCAUGAAAGGCCAAUCCCUCUGACAGUGGGACACAACCCAAUACAUGUGGGCAACCACACGGGGAGGAUCAAGGUGGUCUUUACGCCCACCAUCUGCAAAGUGACCUGCACAGGGGGCCGAUGCCACAACAGCUGUGAGCUGGGCAACACCACCACCAUCAUCAGCGAGAACGGUCAUGCGACAGAUACCCUCACGGCCCCCAACUUCAGAGUAGUGGUUUGCCAUCUACCCUGCAUAAAUGGUGGCAAGUGCAGUGCCAGAGACAAGUGUCAGUGCCCCCCCAACUUUACAGGGAAGUUCUGCCAGAUGCCAGUUCAGACAGGGCACCAACAACAACAGCAACAGCACACAUCAAGCAACAGCCAAGGCCAGGUCCACUCCACCCACACAAUGCCACUGACCUACAGCAACGGACAGAAUCCAGUGAAGUUCAGCCCCGGUAUUGUCAACAUCCACGUCAAGCACCCUCCAGAGGCCUCCGUUCAGAUCCACCAGGUCUCUCAGUUGGAUAGUAACCACCACAGUAGUCAAAAAGUGAAGGGCCAUCAUUUGGGCUCCUCUUCCUCCACCAGCUACAGCUACCAUCACAGAGAAAGCACCAAGAAGAUCCAGCACCACGGCCACAACAUUGUCUUCCCUAGACAGCACGGCUACCAGGUGCCCCCCUAUCAGCCCGUCACCUCCAAGAGCCAGCUUGGUCGCUGCUUCCAGGAAACUACAGGGAGCCAGUGUGGGAAGGCCCUCCCAGGACUCAGUAAACAGGAGGACUGCUGUGGGACCAUCGGGACGUCCUGGGGCUUCCACAAAUGCCAGAAGUGUCCCAAGAAACCAUCAAUCCCUCUGGUGGACUGUCCGCUGGGCUACAAACGUGUCAACUCCUCUCACUGCCAAGAUUUCAAUGAGUGCCAGUUGCAGUGGGUGUGUCCUAAUGGAGACUGUCUGAACACCAUGGGGAGCUACAGGUGCACGUGUAAGCCCGGCUACAUGCCCGACCCCACCCUCUCCACCUGCAUACCCAACACGCCUGCCGUCCAAGAAGAAAAGGGGGCAUGCUUCCGUUUUGUCAGCUCGGGGAGGCAGUGCUUACACCCGGUGUCUGCUCAGCUGAGCAAACAGCUGUGCUGCUGUAGUGUGGGCAAAGCCUGGGGCCCGCAUUGUGACAAAUGCCCACUCCAGGGAACAGCUAAGUUCAAAGAGAUAUGUCCUGGUGGGAUGGGCUACACUGUCCUGCCUAAGCCUCCCGCCAGCAAGCCAGUCAUCAGCUACCAGGAGCCCCUGGCCACGGCACCGCCACGAGCCUUGCCCACACAGGAGGAGUCAGUGGAGGCCUUUGGAAAGCCACAGCACAUUUUGCCAGUAGCAACAACUACACCUGACCAGGAGCUGAUAGUUCCUGUGGUUAGCGAUAGGCCAGUAGUUCAACCUAUCCUACCGCAGCUCUCGCCAGGUGUGUCCACUGUCAGGAUGGAGGAAGCCUUCCCAGAAGUUUUUGAGAGGACAUCUCCUCCUGCACCAGUCGAGAUCCUUCCUUCCAAUGCAGGCCAGGACAUCGCCCCAACACAGUCAGUGGAGGUGGAUGAGUGCCAGAUCAACCCCUACAUUUGUGGACAGGGGGUUUGUUACAACACGGCUGAUGGAUACACCUGCCAUUGCAAUGAGGGCUACCAUCUAGACGACACCAAGAACACCUGUGUAGAUGUUGACGAGUGUUUAGAAAACCCAUCGCUGUGCUUCAGGGGCCGUUGUAAGAACACACCUGGCAGCUUCCUGUGCAUCUGUCAAUUUGGCUUCAUGACCGACAUGGAGGGAACCAGUUGUAUCGAUAUAGAUGAAUGUCAGACGCCCCAUGUGUGUCCAGAGGAGGAGACUUGCUUCAACACCAAUGGCUCGUACUUCUGCCGUGGCUGCCAAGAUGGCUUCAGGUUGACUUCCACUGGAGCAUGCAAAGAUAUCGAUGAGUGUCAGAACAAGACGGUGUGUCCCUCUGGGAUCUGUUUCAACCGGGAGGGAAGUUAUGACUGCGGUACCUGUCCUCCGGGUUACCAGGGACAGGGAGGCCAGUGUGUCGAUAUUGAUGAGUGCCUCAACCCUGCAACCUGUGCCAAUGGAAAAUGCACCAACUAUGAAGGUUCUUUUGCCUGCUUGUGUAAUGAAGGAUUCCAGCUCCUUCAUGGAACAUCUUGCCAAGAUAUAGACGAGUGCCAGGAUGAGCGAGUGUGUACCAGUGGCCAUUGCCAGAACACAGAGGGCUCCUUUACUUGUACCUGUGAGUCAGGCCUCAGGGUCUCGCUGUCUGGAAACCAGUGUGACGAUGUGGAUGAGUGUGUGGAGCAGGCUAGGCCCUGCGGGGCAGUGGGCCAGUGUGUCAAUAUUUGGGGCUCCUACCUCUGCAGAUGCCCCCAGGGAUACCAGCAGAUCAAUGACUCCAGCUGCCUGGAUGUUGACGAAUGUUUGGAUGAGCCGGAGCUGUGCGCCCCUCAUGGAAAGUGUCUCAACACAGAGGGCUCCUACCAGUGUGUCUGUGACAGAGGCUUCGCUGUCAACCCCACGACAAACACCUGUGACGAUAUUGAUGAGUGUGGACUUAACGAGACACUGUGUGGCCCUGCUGGCUACUGUGAGAACAGAGUGGGCUCCUUCCGAUGUCUGUGUGACCAGGGCUACCAAGAGUCCCAGGAUGGCCAUGGAUGUUUGGAUGUGAACGAGUGUGAGCUGCUGGGCAGUGUGUGUGGCGAAGCACAGUGUGAAAACAUCGAUGGCUCCUUCCUGUGUAUGUGUCCGGAUGGACAAGAGUACAACCCCAUGACUGCCAAGUGCAGCCCCAUACCCACAGUGUCAUCGGUGGAGCGUAAAGAGUGUUACUACCGUCUAAACGACGAGAACCUGUGUGAGAGCGUGCUGACCAGUCAUGUGACCCUAGAGGAGUGCUGCUGCACCCUGGGAGCCGGCUGGGGGGACAACUGUGAGGUCCACCCCUGUCCUGUUAACAACACUGACCUGUUUAACCAGAUGUGUCCAUCAGGAAGAGGCUUUAUUCCAAGUGGUACCCCUGUGUUCGGUGUGCCCAGCUCUGAUAAUUACAAAGAUGCAGAUGAGUGUGCAUUGUUUGGUCAGGAGGUAUGCAAGGGAGGCUUUUGUCUGGACACGCUUGGCAGCUACGAGUGCUACUGUAAGACUGGCCAGGAUUACGACCCUGCCAAGCUGGAGUGCCGAGACAUCAACGAAUGUCUGGAUGAGUCGGUCUGUGUCGGCGGAGAGUGUCUGAACACUGACGGCUCCUAUAUGUGUUUCUGUACACAUCCCAUGGUGCUGGAUUCCCACAAUAACUGCAUUUUCCCGCCAGAGGUGGCUGCCGGGCACCACGAGGGUGAGCAGACAGACUACCAGGGUAUCUGCUGGCAGAGAGUGACAGACAUGUUGGCGUGUGAACAGCCUCUAGGACUAAACAACAAGAAGACCACCUACACCGAGUGCUGCUGUCUGUACGGGGAGGCCUGGGGCAUAGAUUGUGCCCUCUGCCCCCCCAAAGCCACCGAGGACUAUGCGUCUUUGUGUAAUCUGCCUAUGAGCGGCAGCCGGCGGCAGUAUGGGCAUGAUGCGCUGGUGGCCGGCCCGGUCCAUGAAUAUGAGGUCAGCCCAGACUACUCACCACAUGUGGGCUACGACCAAGAAGUGGACCAGCGGGCUGUCCUGCCUCUUUACGAGGAUGAGGAGAACCCGUAUGAUGCUUUUGAGGGCUUACGAGCAGAAGAGUGUGGGAUCCUGAACGGCUGUGAUAAUGGUCGCUGUGUCCGCGUACAGGAGGGCUACACCUGCGACUGCUUCGACGGCUACACCCUAGACAUAUCUCGCAUGUCCUGUGUUGAUGUGAACGAGUGUUUGGAGCUCAACAGCCGCAUGUCCCUCUGCAAGAACGCCAAGUGCAUCAACACACAAGGCUCGUACAAGUGUGUGUGUCUGCCGGACUUCGUUCCCUCGGAAAAGCCAAACUACUGCGUGCCCACAACCCCGGAUGUGUCGUCGGAAGGAGCCGCACACGACCAGAGGGAGUGAGGCAAACACUAGGGGGAGACACAACAUUUAAAUCAUCCACACAGCCACACGUUAGCACGCGCACACACACACACAC